AAUACACUUCUAUCGAUGGUUACGAUAGCACCAUCGAUUGUGCCACAGCUCUUAGUUCUUAGAAGAUAAAAUAAAAAAAUUAUUUAUAUUUAAAUUUCGACAAAACAGCACAUUAUUGAGCAAUUAUAAGCAAUUAAUUGCGUAUUGCAAGCAAAAUGAAAGUAAAAGAACUGCAGAAGACUGUGAACAUUGCCUGGUCGCCAGCGCAGCAGCAACAAAUUUAUUUAGCUGCCGGCACUGCAGCCCAGCAAUUUGAUUCGAAUGCAAGCUCGACUUUGGAGAUCUAUUCUCCAAAUAUUGGCGAUGCCAGCUAUGAUUUGGAACUGAAGGCAAGCGUGCCCAGCGAUUUCAAAUUUCAAAAGGUUAUCUGGAGUCCAGCUGGCAUUAAUGGGGGAACACACCCAAAUGGUUUGAUUGUAGGCGGCUGUGAAGCGGGGCAUAUUAAUGUUUAUUCGGCAGCCAAGCUGCUUGCCAAUGAGGAACCAUUGUUGGCACGCCAGGAUAAGCACACUGGUGCCGUCACUGGCUUAGACUUUAAUCCUUUCCUCAAUAACUUGCUGGCUUCAUGUGCCUCGGAGUCUGAGAUUUACAUUUGGGACCUGAACAACCCCGCGAGUCCACUCAAUCCUGGCGCAAAAACUCAGCCCUUGGAAGAUGUGAAGAAUGUGGCAUGGAAUCGUCAAGUGCAGCACAUAUUGGCAUCUGUGUUCAGCACACGUUGCGUGAUUUGGGAUCUGCGCAAGAGUCAGCAGAUCAUCAAGCUAUCAGACACUCAGUCGCGUGUGCGUUGGCAUGCCAUUGAAUGGCAUCCCGAGGUAGCCACCCAAGUCUGGCUGGCAUCCGAAGAUGAUCAAGCUCCAGUGGUCCAAUUGUGGGACUUACGUUAUGCCACAGCUCCGGCGAAAACCUAUCAGAUACACGAUCGCGGCGUAUUGGGCAUGUCGUGGUGUCAGCAGGACAAUGACUUAAUGGUGUCGUGUGGCAAGGACAAUCGCAUCUACUGCUGGAAUCCAAAUACCAAAAUACCAGAAGGAGAAAUCCUUUCGGAGGUGGCAACAACAGCUUCAUGGUAUUCCGAUGUGCAGUUCUGUCCACGCAAUCCUGCUUUGAUUGCCAGCGCCAGCUUGGAGGGAACUGUUUCCAUUUACUCACUCAACGGCGGCACUCAUCAUUUGGUGCAAACAUCUGAGAAAAUUGCGGACUCCUUCCCAGGCAUGGAUCAAUUUGCCCAAGCGCCGCUGCCUCAGCAGGCCACCCAAGUGGUCUAUCACGAUUUAGCGCAUGCUCCCAAGUGGAUGAAGCGUCCAUGUGGCGUAGCUUUUGGUUUCGGUGGAAAACUGGUCAGUUUCAAUGGCACUUCAAAAACUGUGAAGGUAGAACAGUUGACAACCGAGCCAGGAGUUGUGGAACGUGCUAAUGCUUUGGAGCAGUCUUUGGCUGGUGCUAACUAUGCAGAGUAUUGCCGAGAACGGGCCGAUAAGUCGGCAGAUCAGCAUGGUCGCUACAUUUGGUAUUUCAUUAAGGCGAACUUUGAACUAAAUCCCAAAGAAGAAAUGCUCAAUCUCUUAGGCUAUAACAAAGAGGAUAUUGAUGGCAAGUUUACGAAAUUCAUCAAAGAACCCGAAAGCAACUCACAGUCUGACGUGGACACGCUGACGACACGCAUAUCAACGCUUACACAUCAAACUGCCGAUAACAAUGGAACUGGCAUUAAUUCACAAGCCCUCAACGAUUAUCCAGCUGCUCCGCGACUGCAGUUUAAGAUUCCAAGUGGUGAUCACGUCGACAGUUUAAUAACUGAAGCAAUACUAACUGGCAACAUCGAAGCUGCUGUCGAACUGUGUCUGGAGGCUCAACGCAUUCCAGAGGCUCUCAUCAUUGCCUCCACAGCGGGCAUUGAGAUCUUAUCACGUACGCAGUCACGUUAUUUGUUGCAGCAGAAGAAUGAACUCUCCAAUGUCAUCUCGGCAUUGGUAUCACGCGACUGGCUUGACUUUGUUAACCACUGCACCGUGGAUUCGUGGAAGGAGGCCUUGGUUGCUGCUCUGAAGCACAGCGAGCGCAAAAUCGUUGACAUCUGUGAAAGACUCGGCGAUCGCCUAUUGAAUGAAUGCCCCAGCAGCGUUGAGUUCACACGCAAUGCCAUGUUGUGCUACAUCUGUGCGGGAAGCAUUGAUAAGCUAGUGAGCGCCUGGUAUCAACUGAAGCAGCUGGAGCAGCAGAAUGAGAACUAUAAACUCAACACUCAGGAGUUACAGGAGCUGGCCGAGGUGGUGAUGCUGCUCACCAAGUCCCUAGAACAGCAAGGCAUUGCUGUUGAUUUCGCUGGACGCUUUGCAGGCUUCAUAUCCGAGUAUAGCGGACUGCUGGCCUCCCAAGGUGCACUCACUGCUGCCCUUCAGUACAUUACCACAUUGAGUAAGACCAAUUUGGAAAGUGAUGAUUUGAGUCAACUACGUGAGCGCAUUAGCAACGCCGUCAACGUGGAUCAGGUGCAGCCUGUUGCAGCCCAAGCUGCUGUCGCACCCUUGAACUAUAGGCGCCAUCAGGAGCCGCGUGGCUCCUUCUCGAAGCCCGCAAAUCCACUGAUUUUUGGACAACCGCAGAACCAAUACAAUGCGCCCGUAAACAAUGGCUGGCAACAGCCACAACCAGCAGCACCACCAGCUGUACCCUUGGCAGCAGCUCCCUUCCAGCCAGCUCAGCCACCUACACAAAUCUUUAAUCCUCCUCAGCUUAAAGCAGAACCACUUACGCAUCCACCGCGACCACACAGCAAUGCCAGCUCGACGGGUGGUCCUCCUGCCGCUGCAAGUGGCGGUUCAGGAUUGCAUUCACGUUCGAAAUACGUUUUGGAUCCAUCUGUGGCAGCGCCGACCAGUUCGUAUGGCAUGCCAUACAAUCCAGUUCCAGCUCCAGCGGCAGCGCCAUUUGGAGGCUCUCUAGCGCCCUUACCACAAGCUGCUCCUGUGCCGCAGACAUAUAAUACCAAUGCCUUCAAUACGAAUCCCAUAUCGUCGGCUCAACCAUUCAAUCCAACUCCAUUUAUGGGAGCGCCGCAAAACAAUUAUUUGCCGGGUAUUGCACCCAUUGAAACUGCAGCUCCGCCGCCGCUCGUUCAGAAUGUACAGCGUAAUCCCACACCGCCACCCGGCUGGAACGAUCCCCCAGCUUUGAAAUCAUCUCGAGUGCCUAAGCCCAGGCCUGCUGCAGAGCCUUCAUCUGCUCCAAUUCUGCAUCCAUUAUAUGGAGUUGAUCCGAAUCAAAAUCAAAAUAACUAUAUGGAUCCCAAUCAAUAUCAGCAAAAUGCUCCACCAACAGGAAAUACUGCGUUUUACAAUCCGGCAGCAAAUAAUAAUCAACAAGCCUUUCCCCCACAACAGCAGUUGAACUUCCAACCAUCGGCGGUGCCAAAUCAACAGCAGCAACAACAACCGCAGCAAUACUGGCCUGGUCAGCCUCAGCAGCAAUCGUUUGGAUACACCGAACAGCCAGCACCCAUCCAAGAGCAGCGUCAACCAGAGCCGCCCAAGGAGAAGCCUCCACUUCCCGAGGAGUACAUCUAUCUGCAAACGGUGCUAGAAGAGCUGAAAAAUCAAUGCUUAAGCGCGACUAACGAUCCGCGUACCAAACGAAAAUUCGUGGAUGUGGUGAAACGAUUGGAAAAUCUCUAUGAUUGCUUGCGCGAUGGAAGGCUGACGGCGACAACUGUGCAACAUCUGAAUCAAAUCGUACAAUACAUUCAAAUAGCCGACUACGCCAAUGCCCUUGAAGUGCACACGCGCAUUGCUUUUGGCACGGACUUUGCCCAAUGUGCUGGUUUCAUGCAAGGCCUCAAGGUCCUGCUGCAAUCCGCAUCCGAGUUGCAAUUGGUAUUGCGUUAGGUGUACUAUGCUAACUAUAUUUUCAUAUAUUCAGUUUUUAAGUGGUAACCAAACACAAGUGCUCAUGUGUUGCCACCCACUAAAAGUUUAUACAAAACAAAAAUAUAACCUGUCCCUAAAAAAUCAAAAUUUCUUCGUUCCUGUUUGUUUAUAAUAUGUGUGUAUGUACUAUUCUUUUUUCGCGUUAAUUCAAAUAAAUAUAAAGAUAAUCCGUA